UAUUUAAAAUUGAUGUGUCGUUCCAAAUAGCAUGGAAACAGAAAAGGAACCUUGUCCCUGUAACCGCUGCAAGUCUGCAAAUAGCUUAGCAAAGAAAACUGUAAAGAACCAUAUUAAACUAUAUGGGGAGUUUUCCUACGAAUUGGGAGUUACGGUAGGAGAGUUCUUGAGUACCCCGAUAGAGAGUAAACUGGAUGAAAAAUUCUGGACAGUUGCAAGCUACAUUCUGAAAAGGGUACAACACCAUGCCGUAGAUAAGGAUGUGCUUACAUUUAAGACCGGGGGUAAGCCUCAGACUUACGUACGAACGCAAAUACCUGCAAAGGUUGUUGAAAACCCUGACCAGGCAGUUAGGAGGAAGCUUCACCACGCUCACAGAAAGAUAACGUCACUGCAGGUAAACGCUCAUAAAGAUUUCAACGUGGACCUGAAAGAUAUCGUGGGACGCCUAGAAACUGCGUCCUUCCAGACGUUGGAGUCUAAAGAGACUAAAGAAUAUGUUGCGGAGUCCUCCAACAUAAACAAGCGACCAAGGAUGGACUCCGGAGACACAAUCGAAUUUAUGAAUGCUGCGAAUAUAACGGAGCAUAAAAUGCGUGUGCUCCGUCAACGUUUGAAGAACCAGAAAUUCGCAUCGGAGAAGAGUGUAAGAUGCUUCGAAGCUCUCAACGAGGUACAAUACGAGGUUGUACAAGUGCCUAUGGAGUUCAGGGCAAACUCCAACUGCAAAUCAGAUAAAAAGGCUGGGGAUCGUGUACUAAGAGCAGACACACCAGUUGUCUACACUAGUCUGCAGUCGUUGGUAAAGACAGUUAUGAGUAAACUGGAACUUUACCAACUUCUGCAGCCGCAAAUGUUCACCGACGGCAAGAUAUGGGUGAAAGUAUUUAUAGAUGCCGAUUCUAUUAAUACCAAGAUCUCGGUAAAUGUUAUAAAUCAGAAACUGGCAAAUUCUGAUUAUAAGCAUUUGCUGCUAGUUUAUUCAGAGUGUCCUGACAAAGAGUUUAAUAUAGGACAACUGAUGGCAUUCUUGAACAAGGAGUUAGAUGUCUACACAUACAAACACGAGGAGCACAAAAUUCGUUUGUGGCUUUGUGGAGACACGAAGCAAAUAUGGCAAAUAUUGGGUAUGCCUGUAUCACCAGGCAUACACGCUUGCCCUUUUUGUAGGAUAAACACGGCUGACUGCCAGAUACCUCUAUCCCGGAGAGGAUUUAGACCGGAACGAUGCUACGGUGGAACCAAGCAGCUGUACGCAUUAAACCGACAGAAAACUGGUUUAAAUAGGAAAACUCAACGGGAGUUCUUCAACGUGAUCGACGAACCAAAACUGAACAAUGCGUUGAACAAUGACAACGAUGCCCCAAUCCUGGAUUGGAUACUGGUCCCCAUCGUCCACAUAAAUCUGAGAGUAGGUCAGGACAUCUACAAGAACGGUAUGAGGAUAUGUCAAAAGGUAGACUUGGCAGUUGUCCAAAGCAUGGCCAGCGGUUCCUCCUUUCAAGGAAUAACUGUUUUGCCAGACACAGACUUCUCCAAAUCUGUUGAAGCAUGUAGGUCUGGUACACUUGAUCCUGAGGAGGUAACGUGUGGUCCUUAUCAGUACAGAUACGAGAAAGCCUGCUCGAAAAUAGGCUGUUCACCACAAGCUCACUUUGGAGGGAGCACAUUGAACGGUAACGACGCUCACAACCUCGUUACACGAUACCACAAGCUUGUUCCGCUGUGGAUUGAAAUUUUGGCUUUAGAAAUCUUUGAGCAUGACGAACAGAAGCUACUCAAGAAAGAGAUAGCAGAUGUCAUCUCACUGAUGAAAAUCUACGGUCCACUAAUGACUAACUUAGGAAACACGAAUAGGUUAACGAAGGAGGCAAUCGAUGAGCUGGACAAGGAAAUUGCCGGUUUCCUAAUAGAAUAUCGGAAAUACUUCAAGACUGUUCCGCCAAAGAUCCACAUGCUUGAAGACCACGUGAUUCCCCAAUUACGAAAGUUGGGUUGGUCGAUGGGAAUCGGGUCAGAACAAGGUGGCGAGGCCUCCCACAAACUGGUGAAAGCAGUGAGGCAGCGAUUUUUUAAUAAGUCCUCAGAUAAGGACAGUAUAUUAAGAGCCGUGACCAAGGUCACAUCCGAUAGCAUUAUAAGACUGAGGUCGGAUACAAUAGCAAAAAAAGUAAAAAAAACCACCUCCAGUACUAACCCAAGAAUAGUUUAGGUAGGAGCUAUCCAAUCACUUGUUUUACUUGUCACCCUACCCAAAACUCAAACAGCAACUCCGACAGUAAUUACAUAAAGCAAUGCACUCA